UCAGUGGAGGACAGUGUAGUCAUGUUGGGCUGGAACGAGGAAGUGCAGUGGAGAGGGGAGGGACUGAGGGCGCAGCUCCAUGGGGCCGCGGCGCUGCGACCUUCUGCACAUGGAGCCGGGGACAGUUGGAAGAACUUCAUACUGCAAACUCAAGGAAUAGCAGAGUACUUGCACCGCAUGGAGACGGAGGAGGCCCAGGAAAUGGCCCCCAUGCCAGGUCGAGACAGCCCCCCUGCCAACGAUGCAGCCGAGGAGGCAGAGGAACCCAUGGCCAUCCCUGAGGACCUGUCAGCUGGCUCCGCCCACCAGCAGACCAACAGAGGGGACAAAGCCUGUAACAUUAAAGUUGAGGCUCGCAGUGAUGAGGAGAAUGGGCUGGCCUGUGACAUGAAUGGCGUGGAGGAGGAGGAGGAGGAGGAGGAGUGCGCGGAAGACUUGCGCGUGAUCGAUGCCUCGGGGGCCAAGGUGAACGGCUCGCAGCCGAGUCCCGAAGCCAAGGUCUUCUCGUCGGCCGGCGGCAUCCGUCUGCCCAACGGAAAACUCAAGUGCGAUAUCUGUGGGAUAGUUUGUAUUGGCCCCAAUGUGUUGAUGGUGCACAAGCGAAGCCACACUGGAGAACGUCCUUUCCAGUGCAGCCAGUGUGGGGCGUCUUUCACCCAGAAAGGCAACCUGCUGCGUCACAUCAAGCUCCACUCCGGAGAGAAACCCUUCAAGUGUCACCUUUGCAACUAUGCCUGUCGCAGGAGGGAUGCACUCACCGGGCACUUACGCACACACUCUGUUGGAAAACCACACAAAUGUGCCUACUGUGGGCGCAGUUACAAGCAGCGCAGCUCACUGGAGGAGCACAAAGAGCGAUGUCACAACUACCUCCAGUGCAUGGGCCUGCAGAACAGCAUCUACACAGUAGUAAAGGAAGAAAGCAGCCAGAAUGAAGAGAGGGAAGACUUAAGCCAGACGGGAUCUGACAGAGCCUUGGUGCUAGACAGGCUAGCUAAUAAUGUAGCUAAGCGUAAGAGCACUAUGCCACAGAAGUUUGUGGGUGAGAAGCGACUGGCAGACCUUUCCUACGAUGGCGCAGCAGAGCAGCUGAUUCAGCCCCACGUCAUCGACCAGGCCAUCAACAGCGCCAUCAGCUACCUGGGAGCAGAGUCUCUCCGCCCAUUGGUCCAGCCCUCGCCGGCUUCCUCCUCCGACGUGGGCCUGGGACCCAUGUACCCGCUGCACAAGUCCGUCCCAGAGGGCCAUUCUGGGUCAGGUCACGGCCUGUCAGCCAAGGACAGUGCAGCUGAGAAUUUGCUUCUGCUCUCCAAGUCCAAGUCUACCUCCAGCGAGAAGGACCGCUCUCCAAGCCAAAGCGGCCAAGACUCCACCGACACGGAGAGCAACAACGGGGAACGAGCGGGCGGGGCGGCGCCCGGCCUCAUCUACCUGACCAACCAUAUCACCUCGGGAUUGCGGAACGGCCCCCUGCCAUUGGUGAAGGAGGAGCAGCAGCGGCAGUAUGAGGCCAUCCGGGCCAGCAUGGAGAUGGCCUCCGAGGGCUUCAAGGUGAUGACGGCAGACGGCGAGCAGGUGAGGGCGUACAGGUGUGAACAUUGCCGUGUUCUUUUCCUGGACCACGUCAUGUACACCAUUCACAUGGGCUGCCACGGCUUCAGAGACCCCUUUGAGUGCAACCUCUGUGGCCAUCGCAGUCAAGACCGAUACGAGUUCUCCUCUCACAUAACGCGAGGCGAGCAUCGCUACUGAGUACACACACACAAACACACACACACACAAUAUGUAAAAUAAGAUGGGAAAGUGUGCUUUUAUACGAAACGUGCAUGUUUGUUGAACAUAGAAGCAAUCUUACUCUCAUUCAAGUAUGUCUUUAAAAAAACUAAUGUUCAAGUGAAGCCAAAUAGGUCUCUAAAUAGCAUCAAAUUUCAAAAUAUUUGUGUUGUAAAUUGUGUAUGUAUGUACAAUACAGUUAUUCUUUCUUUUUAAAAAAAAGCAGGCAGCAACUUAUAUUUUCUUGUUUCAGACUGUAUUUACACGCGUGUGUCCAAUAAAAUGUUGAGUAAAUAAAAUACAGUGACUCAAAAAUGUCAGUUUAGAUAACUCACACAUCAUUUUCACAUUCCUUUUACAACCUGUGUUCUUAUAUUUGUACCAGCCAUCCUCAUAUUUUUAUUUAUACAACACUUACCCUCCCGUCUGUUUUGUAUUUAUUACAGUGAUUGGUGU